CAAGCCAAGUAAGCAAACGGUGGAGGAACCAAGAUGCCUUUUCCAAAUGAUGUCACCAUGGAAGACACACUCCUGGAAGACAACGAGCGAGACAGCCUAGAAUACAAGAUCCUAAUGGCCUAUGCCCGGCGACGGCUGCCUGCCAGCAAAUACAGGAAACUCCUGGAAAAUGAAGCUAAGGUGCAGAAAUCAUCACCCUUAACUGGGAGAGGAGUAAAGACUGACCACCAAAGGGAUGAAGAGAAACCAAUACUAACAGUCCAUUUUCAGGGUCCUGUGACACAACCACAAAACAAGCAAGCAGAGCCAAGCUGCUUCCCAGGAUAUCAUCUACUUCCCCUCUCCAGCAAAGCAGAGGGGACAAGGCAGGGAAGACACACAGAAUAUCCCUGUGCUUUUAGCUCUGUUUCAGAAGGGAAUUUUCAGUCUCAGUCAGGUGAAUCAGCAGACGUCAAUCACAUUGCAGACAAACUUGCCAAGCUCGUUACCUCAAGAUCCCAGGAAUCUCCUUCUUUUGUGUUUCAAGGCCCACAUCCAAAGCAAGACAAAAGUGACUGUACUGAUGGAAGUGAGGCUAAGGAACAUGAUCAAGAGAAGAUAAUACAAUCAAUAGUUUCACUGUUAAGACAAAAAGGAGAUGAACUGGAAGAAAAGAUCAAAAGGGAUAGAGCUUUCUCUCAGUGUUUUAAAGACAUGCUGUCCUACAACUCCUUCAAGAGGAUCACUGAUUUGUUCUUGGAGGAAGUCUCAGCAGAUUCAACAAGAGCACCAGAAGGCGAAACCGAACGCUUGAAAGUUGCUUAUACAAUGGAAGUUGCCACCAGACUUACUGCUAUUGACAACCAUCCCAUGAACCUGGUCUUGGGCUUUGGAUCAAAGUACCUCAGAGAACACUUCAAGCCAUGGAUUCAGGCUCAAGGUGGCUGGGAGAAGGCUGUGGCUUCACUGGAUGAGGAAGAAGUGGAGUAAUUACAACUGAAUCCAUGUUCAGGGUGCAGGAGCCUCCAGUUACAGCACUGGCAGGCUCUUAUGGGAUGCCAGGGUGACAAUGAUUCUGUAUGUUAAUUUUUUUUAGGGAAGGUACAACUGCACUUUCUUAAAGUCAGUAUUGAUGUGAGCUUUUCCACCUCCAACUUCCCUGGAGCACUCAGCCACACAGACAGUGCUUUUAGGUCCCUUUUUGAGUAGAGGUGCUUGCCACUACUCCUGUGGACGGAUGUUAAAAGCACAAACUGAGGGAAAAUAUCAAAGUAUGCAGUCAGGAACCACUGGACAGUGAUCAACCAUCAGCCAAGUGAGACAGUUGCUGCCAGCUUUGUGUGGUUCGUAGUGGUAUCAUCUGUUAUCAGUUCCACAGCCCCUUGUUAGAAGACAAACCUACACACUGCUAUCAGCUCCCCCUCUCCUCCUCCUGAUUAGAUUCUCCAAAGCACUGAUGCAAUUGUAUACAUCUGAAAGACACUAAGUAAGGUAAAUGAGGGUUCUGACUUCAA